CUUGUUCUCAGUCACAGCGGGUGGAAGCUUUUCCUUGCUGCGGAUAGAAGGAGAGCGCACAGGGCUGUCACUGCUUCAGAGGAGGGGAACGGGGCCGUGUGAUUUUUUUGUCCUUUCUUUCUUCUAUUCUCUCGAAGCACGUUUUGCGUGGAAGAACAAACGAACCUGCAUGGUUAAAUAUCCCAUGUCGUGGUGUGUGUCUGAGAGCGGGUGGAUGUUUUGUAGCGUAGCUCUGAAAGAAAGCCUCGCGAUCCACAGGAUUCACCCCGUUUCCUCUUUUUACGCACCCUUCUCUUCAAGGUGGGAUGAAUUUGGACAGAAUUGCAGAGGCAGUGAGAGCACCGCCGCCCCGCGACGUGGCCCCCGCGUUUCAUUUACAGAGAACUUCAAACAGCAGUCGAGAAACUGUAGAGAACUCAAGCAGCGAGUCUUCAGACACAGAGUUGGCAGAAAAGGAAAGAAACGCUGAACACAGGAGCGAUGACGGCAACGCGGACGACCCCAAGAAGAAAAAACAGCGGCGGCAGCGGACUCACUUCACCAGCCAGCAGCUGCAAGAGCUGGAAGCCACGUUCCAGAGGAAUCGCUACCCUGACAUGAGCACCAGGGAGGAGAUCGCGGUAUGGACCAACCUGACCGAGGCGAGAGUCCGGGUGUGGUUCAAAAACCGCCGGGCUAAGUGGAGGAAGCGGGAGCGGAACCAGCAGAUGGACCUUUGCAAGAACAGCUACCUGCCCCAGUUCAGCGGUCUCAUGCAGCCUUACGACGACAUGUACCCGGCUUAUACCUACAACAACUGGACCAACAAGGGCCUCACUCCGGCACCGCUGUCCACCAAGAACUUCACCUUCUUCAACUCCAUGAGUCCCCUCACCUCGCAGUCCAUGUUCUCGGCCCCCAACUCCAUCUCCUCCAUGACCAUGGCCUCCGGGAUGGGCCACUCCGCGGUGCCCGGCAUGCCCACGCCAGGUCUUAACAACAUCAGCAACCUGAAUGGGAUCGGGACAUCCGGCAUCAACUCAGCUAUGUCAUCAUCGGCUUGUCCUUACGGGCCUCCCGGCUCACCGUACAGCGUUUACCGGGACACUUGCAACUCCAGCUUGGCCUCUCUCAGACUUAAAUCCAAACAGCAUCCAACAUUUGGAUACAGCGGCCUGCAGAGCCCGGGCUCCAGCCUGAACGCCUGUCAAUACAACAGCUGACGGGCCAAAAAGGGGGCCUUAAAAAUACAAAUAUAUAUAUAUAUAUAUAUAUAAAUAUGUGAUAAGCGGACACGGUGUCAUAGCUUAUGGGCUACCUGCGGAUCAGGGGAGGGGGGGUAUCAAAGACGACUAAACUGGAUUAGUUGCAAUCUUUUUUUUUUCUUUCGAAAAAGAAAAUGAAAAAGAAAACGUGGAUAAUGCGGGUUACAUGUGUUUACCAGUGAACUUGCACAGCAGUUUAAAUGUCCAGGUUUUAUGGAAUUUUUUUUUUUUUAAAUGAUGAAGACGUGUUACAUGGCUGCACUGUACAUAUCUAAAUGUAAAUAUAUACAGGUCUAACAUGUGAAACAGACGGUGGGAUUUUUUUUUUCUUUUUUGUGCUUGCUUACUCUUGAAGACUGACUCGACCAAAGCGAGGAUUUGCAUCAAAAUAAUAAUAAUAACAAAACAAAAAAUCGAGCAUGUAACGAAUCAAUGAGAAAACAGAAGAAAAUCCGGCCUUUACUGUACAUACUUUAUACUGCUUCUGUGUGCUUUCUAUUUACCGCAUAUGCAGGGUGACUCCACGACGCCUCCCGUUUGAAAUGCUUUUCAUUUUGUUUGCUCCAAUAGAAAAAAAGAGAGAGAGAGUGAGAGAGAGACCCUGCAUGUUUAACUUGAGUGCAACGUGUUUUGUACAAUAAUGUAAGACUUUGCAGAAGUACGUUCAUUAGCCUAAACUGUAUACAAAAGGUGAUUCAAAGUCCUCAUGUGUUUAUGGUAACAUGUUUGUUUGAAUAAACUCCAGGAAAAGAGA